AAUCAACCUCAACUACCAAAUGCAGUGCCACCUGUUUUCAAUGAUCGAAUCACGCUAUCAGUCAUCGUCUGGUUUUGCUGUUGCCCGUUAAUUGGAAUUCUUGCUAUCCUGAAAUCGUUUGAGGUGAGGGAAUGAUCUCGUUUCUCCGAACGAGAAGUAGGUAGCGUGUAAACCGAAAGUCAAACCGCAAUUUGUAUAGGUUAUUUUGAGGCAACGAGGGGAUAUGUGAUUUAUUCACCGAGGCGCGCAGCACCGAGGUGAAUAAACACAUAUCCCCGAGGUGCCUCAAAAUAAUGUACUUAUUUUUCACAUUGCGAGGUCGCGCUAAUGAGUCAGAAUAGAAAUAAUUCUUAAUGCCAUGUUGCUUUCGUGAUGUUGCUUUUUCUCAUUUUUUUGUGCUGCAAAGACAUUGCAGGUGAAUAUUAGAGGGGAUUAUUAGAGGGGAUUACUAGAGGGGAUUAUUAGAGGAUUAUUAGAGGGGGGUUAUUAGAGGGGGGUUAUUAGAGGGGAAUAUUGAAUAUAUUCCCCGAUAAGAAACAAAGGAAACCGAGCAGGGUGAAGAAUACGAAAUGUUAUUGAACAAAGUUUGUAGUUGAACAAAAUUAUAAUGUCGAACGGUCAGUAUACCAGUGUAGAUAGCGGCUAGGAUAACAAACAGCUUUUGUGCGAGAGAUAUACAACUAAUAUGAAAAAUAUAGUAUUAAUAAUAAUAAUAACUUCUCGACGAAGAGCCUUGGCUUGAAACGUCGAAGUUUUGCUUGUCAGUAUUUUUCAGAUAGUAGUAUAUCUCUCUCACACUCAUCCCUCUUCUCGUCUCUUCACCAAAAAAUAUAAACAUGGUAGCUGCAUGCAUGGAUAGGUUAGGUGACUCAGUUUUGACAUUACUACCCCGGAACGACGUCACGAGGAUCACGCUAGGGAUUAUGGUUAAGAUUGGGAUUAGAUUUAAGGUUAGGACUGGGACUGAUCCAUUUGUGUCAGAAAACAAUCACAAAUGAAUCGAGGAGUAGUUUAGUUUGUUGAUUAAAUUCCACAGUUGAUUGCAAACUUUGAAACUUAGCUAGUUUAAAAUAUAUCAAGACCAGGCCUAGAAAAGUUUUAAUUUUCUCCCUGUCAGCAAAAUCUACAACCAUAGAAGAAAUUUCCUAUGCAUCUGAACUAUAAACUACAAAACAGUUCCUGCACCGCGCUGUCCCGCACAUGGUCUUCACUUCAAUACACCCCUUCGGAAAGUACAUCACUUUAGUUUCCUACAUCAGCUAAAACCAGCCUCGUACCCAGGCUCUUUAGUAAUUACUGCCGUUCCAAUUGAAGUGUUGCUCAAAUAUUGAUUCAAUACAUUACCUCGGGCUGACCAAUUCAUUUCAUCAAGUUCCUCAAAAUAUUCAUGCACUUCCUAGUAUAAUUGUAAACUUCCUGUUGAAUAAUUUGAAUGCACCAAUCACCUUUGUUGUUUGUGCAACUAACCAAUCAUAAAUAGAAAGGAAGUGACCAGAAAUGAUCAAAUACUUGGAAUUGGCUCUUUCACAGGAAGUGUAUGAAUAUCUCGAGGAACUUGAUCAAAUGAAUUGGUCAGCCCGAGGUAAUGUAUUGAAUCAAUAUUUGAGCAACACUUCAAUUGGAACGACAGUAAUAGCGUUCAGAGCGGGGAUCCCCGCCCGCCUAGCUCACCAAGAGCCCAAACGUUUACAAUGAAAACGAGGCUGUGUUGCCAAGGUGGCGUAGUUUCCGGAUUUCGACACACGAAUGGCAAAAGGCAUUUGGAAUUUUAAAACAACAAGCAAAUUAUCAACCUCGUUCCCAGGGUCUUUAGGACACGUGACCAGCCGAAACCAGGGUCUUUCGUUCGCCUCGCGCCGUUCCAAUGAAGACCCUGGAAACGAGGUUGCCAAAUUAUAUGGCUUCCAAUAUUAGCAAUAUAUAGCAUGACAAAAAUUCCAUGCAAGACGUAAGAAAAUUUCCAGCAAAGAGAUUUUGUUUAAAUUUUUUUGGCAGCAGCGGUACUGGCAGGCAUUUUCCAGCACACAACAAGACAAACCAUCAUUAAUGAUUUUUAUGCUGAUAACUAAAUGUUCAUCUCUUUAUUUCUAGGCAAAAACUCGUUACAUAAAUGGCGACUAUGCCGGAGCCGAGGCGUCAGCGCGAACAGCAAAAAAAUUGUCUCAUGCCGCUAUCAUUUGUGGCUUGAUUUUAUAUUCAGUAACCAUUUCUGUCACAGUUGUCGAUAUCGUCAUAAUAACCAAGAACUAA